UUAUGUAAUGAUAAGGCUUGAAGGCCUUCAAACACCAUUGUGAUUUUGAUUGGUCACUUUUUCAAAACAUCCUGGCCGCAUCUAAAUUUCACAACGAUUGCACAUUACAAACUUUAUCUGGGUAAAUACCAACUGGUUGAUAAACCUGAGUCAAGCUCAGCCUUCUACCUUGAGCUGGACUCUCCACAUUCAUCACGAUGGCGAUUGAUGAGAUUGUGACCGAUGAGAACCUAUUGAAGGUGCUUGAUGCGUCCCGCGAUGCCCGGGUACAGGCGUUGAGUCUGGUUGAUCAGAUCGCGGCGACCGGCCCGAUUGAGAACGCAUCUCCAGAAGCUCUCCAGGAAGCCUCCAAGCAACAGAAACUGCUUAUCACCAACCUCGCGCAACUUCGUGGCCUCCACCGAGCAGCCUAUUUUGCUGCGCGACAGACCAAGUCGCAAACGUCCGAGGCGCGGCAGGAGGUAGAUCGUCUGCAUCUACAACUCCAGAACCUGUACUACGAGCAGCGACAUCUGCAGGGAGAAAUAUUAGCCUGCGAAUCAUACGAUCAUACCUAUCAGCAGCUGCCUCUCAUCCCUCUGGAGGAGUUCCUCGCCCUGAAACCCGAGCAUGCCAACGACGACGAGGUUACCUUGAUGAUUGCACGAAUCGACCACGAGCGCAGCGAACGCGAGGCUCUCGAGCAGAAACGCAUGGAACUUCUUAAGCGGAAGCAGAAGCUCAUUGCCGACAACAAGAAGCGAAAGGAGGAUCUCGCAAACCUCGACAAGGAACUUGAGAAAUUCAUCGACGCCGCGAAACCCAUUCAGAAGCUUCUCGACAAGAACGUCUAGGCCACAUUCUCGAGUAGCCCGAGUAGUAGAGAGUGCCAACACUUCUCGUGGCGCGACUUUAUGAACGCCUUUGUAAAGAUCUUAGCAAGAAUCUUCACAGGCAUAAUGAUCGUCGGUCAAAUUAUAUUACUGAGAUUAAUGUAAGUCGUUAUCAACACCAUUCAGAGGGCGUAUUUAACUCCCUUCCCUUAUAUAUAUUAUACGCAGUCAUCCUUAUUAGAAGCAUGUACUAGAAAGCUUACCACUAUACAACUAGGGAUGUUGAAGCCAGUAUUACUGGUUACCCUGGUGACUAUCGUAGCUGGUUUGAGCCAAGUAACGAUCAACCAACUAACCAUUAGGAGUGUACACGCCUUUUUGUCGGUUGAAUUUUACUGGAAAGGAGGAUCUUGAACAUAUCCGUCAAUGCGAAGGGACGUUUAGCUGCAGCACAGGUAAUUGAAUGCUGGUGGAAAAAGUCCUUCACAUUGGGCUAGCAGACAAAAUGGGCUCAAUUGUCAUAGCAUGUUGGCUGGACCGGAGUUGCAUAUCGAACUCUGCCGGUAAUCUUGUUAGUAGCCCACCUCUGCAGCAGUGCAGCAUGGUCGGCAACUAAUGCCGUGCGCAUUUGCUGCAUGCAAGAAUCGAUUUCUCGUGUUCACUACACUUAUCUAGCCCGAACCGGUGAAACACAAUAGAGAUGAUCAAUCUUCUAAAAUGUGCGCAUAAUGAUGUUGAAGCCCGUAGUAUUUGGCAAGGCUAUUC